AACCUCUGCUUUCAAGGCUAUUCAAACAGCUGCUGAAUGAUUGAUGUUGAUUGUGAUGUUGAUUAUAACCUUAAAAUAAAAACAGUUUAUGUUUAAUUAUGAUUUUUCUCUUUUUAAAUUAUUUGGAUUAAUUCUAAAAAAAAUAAAAAAUGAAUAAGGAGUCAGAUUACAGGAGGUUCUUGCAAUCAUUCGAUCUUUUGACUAAAAACUCAGAGGAUUAUGUCACCGGUGUCAAUCAAUCAAAAAGUGAAAACAGCGAGAAUGUCAUAAAGAAUUUAUUGAAAAAUUUCUAUGACGUUGUAAAAUCUACCGAAGAUGGAAAAAUAAGCAAGAAUGCGUUACCGGAACUUUUGAUAGAUAAAUUUGACGAAGAACAAAUUUGGCAGGAAAUCGAGUUGCUGAACACUGAUUACUCCAGAAACCUGUCUCUCAAUCUACCUAGACUGAGGAAUAGUGAAAAUAAAAUUACUUUUCCCACAAGAAAGGUAAAAAAGGAAAAACAAAUUGAUCCUUUGGAAGAUAUUGAAGAUAAUCGAAGUAAUUUUUCUGGAGAAAAUGACGAAGAAGAAUGUUUUGUGCCGUCCGCUGCAGCUGAAAAAGAUGACGCAAAAAAGAUUUCCAAGAAGAGUAAAAAGAAAGCAAAAAACUCCAAUUUAGAAGGUAAUAUCAAGGAUGAUAAGAAAGUUUCUUUAGUUGAUGAUGACUUUUUCAAGUUGUCAGAAAUGGAGGAGUUUUUAUUAGCAGCCGAGAAGAGUGAGAAUGCAGAGAAUAACGAAGAUUCUGAAGAUGAAGUGGAUUAUUUCGAUGAUAUACCAUCAGAAGAUGAGGUUGGAGACAAGAAGAAACUCAGGUACAAGGAUUUCUUCGCUGAUCCCAGCGGCGGCACCUCUUCUCAUAUGCUGGAUGAAAAAGGUGUUGGUGAUGAAGGAGAAGACUCCGAUGAUGACCAAGAAGGUUCAGUUGAAGACGAAGAUGACAGCAAAGAUGGUGAAGUUGACGAUGACAAUGAUGAUGACGAUGAUGUCAAUGAUGAAAUUGAUUAUGAAAAUGACAAUAUUGCUGAGAAAAUGAGACUGGAAAUGGAAAACAGUGACGAAGAAUCGGAAAAUGAAGAGUUUGAAGACGAUGAAAAAAUGGAAACAGAUUCUGAUAGUGAUGCACUGGAAAAAUCUGAUUCUACAAAGCCAAAAUCAACAAUGGAGCUUAGAGAGGAGCGAUUAAAGAAGAAAAUAAAAGAACUCGAAGAAAAAGCCAUAUCUGACAAACCUUGGCAAAUGAAAGGUGAAAUUUCAGCUGACAGUCGGCCUCAAAACUCACUUCUUGAAGAAGUAUUGGAGUUUGAUAUGACAGCAAAACCAGCACCUGUUAUGACAGAGGCUACAACUGAGAGGCUGGAGGAUAUAAUUAUACGUAGGAUAAAAGACAAAGCCUGGGAUGAUGUGGAGAGAAAAGUGAAACCUGUCGAAAACAUAAGCGAAUUCAAGAAAAGAUUAGUUCUUGAUCAAGAAAAAAGUAAAGAAUCUUUAGCUGAAAUAUACGAAAAGGAAUUCAUAAAGCAGAGAGAUGCUGCUGCUUCGGUGGGCCUGGGAACACCCGAAUUCAAAGAACCAGAAGAACCGCCCGAACAUAAAAAGAUUAAGUCAAUGAUGGUCUCUCUAUUUUCAAAGCUUGAUGCCUUAUCCAACUAUCAUUACACUCCAUUACCUCAUGCUCCUGACGUAAAAAUUGUUAAUAAUCUACCAGCCAUUACCAUGGAAGAAGUUGCUCCUGUUACAGCAACUGAUGCCAAUCUUCUUGCUCCUGAGGAAGUGCUUGGUAAAAAGAAGCGAGAACUUAUGAGCAAAGAAGAACGAACAGCGACAGACAGAAAGCGUGAAAGAAGAAAAAAGAAGAAAUUCCAGAGGGUAAAAAAAUUGAGAUUGGAUCAGAAAGAGCGAGAAAAUAAGGAUAAGCCACAAAAGUUUACAAAAGCUAAGGCAUUUGAAAACCUUAAAAAGCUAUCUAAAUUUAAAAAUGUUAAAGUUGUUUCAUAGUUGAUGAGUUUUGUCGCUCAAUCAUUUCCUGGGCUCUUGCAACACUAUUUGUGGAGUUCAUAAUAUUUGUUUUUGACGUGUAUAUGUUGAAAACGUUGAAUAAAAUAUUUAUAGUUACA